UUCCUUCUCUUUGUCAUUUGACAAAAACAAGUAAGAAUUUAGGAACAAGAAAGAAAAUCAUCCUUCUUUGAAAGUUUCAGUUAGCCCUGGAGUUGAACAAAUUUAGCUCUCAAACAGUAAUGGAUGUUUCAUCGGCAUGGUUAUCUGCAGAACUGGAAAUGGAAGAUCAAGGGUUCAUGAAUUAUGAUCAGAUGAGCAAACUGUACGGCCCUAUUGAUGACAUCAGUGCUGAUUCAUUCUCUUCGGGAAGUUAUACAGAAAACAUGUCAUUUCUUGAUCAAUCUUUUCAGACGCAACAGCCCCAAAUCGAACUGCCUAGCUAUCAAGAGAAGAGUAGUACUGGUAUUAGCAAAUGUUCUCCUACUCCAGCUCCAACUCCAUCUCCAACUCCAGAUCCCCUUGUUCCUACUACUCUUCCCUCAUCCAACACUUUCACUAUAUCUUUUGGAGAUCUAGAUCCUAAAAAUGAGAUCCUCCAGUUUCGUGAUUCGCUUGCUGGUACCACAAAGGUUCCAACCAUGGCUAGGAAUCCGGUUCAGGCACAAGAUCAUGUGUUGGCAGAGAGGAAGAGGAGAGAAAAGUUGAAUCGACACUUCAUUUCUUUGUCUGCCCUGCUUCCUAAUCUUAAGAAGAUGGACAAGGCAACUGUGUUGGAAGAUGCAUCUAAUUACAUAAAAGAACUGCAAGGUCGUUUAAAGGAACUCGAGGGAUCACCCGGCAACAUUAAGAAAAAGAAUGUUCAAGAAUCGACUGUUAUUUCUAUUAAGAGAUCCAGGCUUAGUUCUAGUGAUGAUGAAUACUCUUCGUCCGAUGAAAUGAACUCCGGAGAGAGUACUAAUCCUUUCAAGUCAUCUCCUGAGAUCGAGGUGCGGAUGUCAGGAACCAGUGUGCUGGUAAGAAUUCAGUGCCAGAAAAGCUUUUCUUCCAUGGUGAAAGCAUUAAACCAGAUGCAGAAGCUUGGGAUGUCCAUCAUCAGUAGCAGUGCCAUGCCUUUUGCAAAGACCACUCUUCUUAUCACCAUUGUUGCUCAGACUGAGGAUGACUUCUGUAUGACAACAUCAGAACUAGUCAAGAACCUUCAACUAGCUAUAUGAACAUUCAUGAAGAUGUGCAACUACAAGUCAAGAUUUCCAUCUACUUGAAGAUCGUAGAUUAAUCGGUUUUUGUUUUCCAUUUUAUACUUCAGAAGGAGGAAGUUGAGAACAUUCUCACAUCCCCAUCAAUGGGGUUUUUCAAGUACUCCUGAAGAAGCAUAAGUAUAUAGCAGCCCGAUCUGUGCUACCUUUUUUGUGAUUCGUUUCCUCCCCGUCGUCGUGUUGAUAGAUGGAAGGUUUCAGUUUUCCACAAUGGGUUUUUGUUAGCUUUUUGCGUCGUUAUGUUUAACCACGUUCAUUAAUUCACCCUUGUGAUUAAUUAUAUAUGAAACCAUCAUUUUUUGUCUC